GUGACGAUGAGCCAUUUGCUCUGAGGGAGUCCGCGUGUGCCCUCACUGCGGUAAAGUAGCUGCUGCUUUCAUGUGCGGUGUUUGCUGUAACCACAGUUAGAUUUGCGAUAGUUGUCUACAAUGCCGAAAAUAAAGAAAAUAAAAAAGUCCAAAGGCGUUGGAGGCGAGCGGGUCGGUGGCACGGUGCCUCUGGCCGAGCAGAUCCUCCAGACUGACACGGUCCGGGCGCACGGCCGCCUGAAAACCAGAGACAAAAAGCAAGAAGAAGAAGAUGAGUAUGUGGACGAACGUUUGUCUCGAAAGAUCCUGGAGCAGGCACGAAUUCAACAAGAGGAGCUCCAGAUCGAGUUUGGCCAGACGCCAGAAGUUAAGAAGAAGCCUUCCACAGUCCUUGGCCCAAGCGCUGAAGAUGGGGAAUCUGAUGAGGAGUGGCCAGAUCUGGGCACCGCAGAGCCAGGUGGGGAUGGGUUGGGUGGUGGUGCGGAAGUGGAGGUGGAUCCAGAGGACGAAAAUGCGAUCCAGAUGUUCAUGAACAAGAACCCACCUGUGAGACGCACCUUAGCUGACAUCAUCAUGGAAAAGAUAACGGAGAAACAGACAGAGGUUGGCACAGUGAUGUCAGAGGUGUCAGGUCGACCCAUGCCCCAGCUUGACCCCAGGGUCAUCGAAGUGUACAGAGGGGUCAGUAAGGUUCUGUCCAAGUAUCGGAGUGGAAAGCUGCCCAAAGCCUUUAAGAUCAUCCCGGCACUCUCUAACUGGGAGCAGGUGCUCUACCUCACUGAGCCAGAGAGCUGGAGCGCUGCUGCCAUGUUCCAGGCCACACGGAUUUUCUCCUCAAACCUGAAAGAGCGAAUGGCCCAGCGCUUCUACAACCUGGUGCUGCUGCCGCGAAUCAGGGAUGACAUCGCAGAGUACAAGCGGCUCAACUUUCACCUAUACAGCGCCCUGAAGAAAGCCCUGUUCAAGCCUGGGGCGUGGUUCAAAGGAAUCCUUAUCCCACUCUGUGAGUCAGGUAGCUGCACUCUGAGGGAGGCAAUCAUCAUUGGCAGCAUCCUCACUAAGUGCUCCAUUCCUGUGCUGCACUCCAGUGCUGCCAUGUUGAAACUGGCGGAAAUGGAAUACAAUGGGGCCAACAGCAUCUUCCUGCGUCUGCUGUUGGACAAGAAGUAUGCCCUCCCAUUCCGGGUUCUGGAUGCGCUGGUCGCCCACUUCCUGUCCUUCCGCACUGAGAAACGGACUCUGCCUGUGUUGUGGCACCAGUGUCUCCUCAUACUGGUGCAGCGCUACAAGGCUGACCUGCCAUUCGAACAGAAGGAGGCACUGCUGGAGCUACUGAAGAUUCAGACACACCCACAGAUAUCAGCCGAGAUCAGGCGGGAACUGCAGAACGCGGAGGCCAGAGAUCUUGAAGACGCCACACCAGUGAUGGCGUUGGACUGAAAAACAAAUGACACUUUCCUUGUACUCACCUGGCUAAACACAGGAGAGGUACACCAAGUAAGAAUUCCCCUAACCAUGAAUCAAAAUGAAACUCUUAUCACUAGGUGGUGUGGAAUGUAACAUGGGGAUGGAGGAAAUGAAGACUCAGUGAAAUGUCUUUGUCUGCUAAAGGAGUCAGAGCAGCACAGGAGGGGUCAUCCACAGUUCCUGUGGUCAUCAUGAUGUACAAGUGAAAAGUAAAAUAAUAAUAAUAAUACCUUUUAA